ACGACCACGAACAAGCAGCAGUAACUACCAAACAGCCAGCAUGUCGAUGCAAUUACUGAACCCAAAGGCGGAAAGUGUUCGCCGCGAUCAGGCGUUGCAGGUAAACAUUACCGCUGCGACAGGAUUGCAGGAUGUCCUCAAAUCCAAUCUUGGUCCAAAGGGCACAAUUAAAAUGCUUGUGGAUGGCUCGGGAAACAUCAAGCUCACCAAGGAUGGCAAAGUGCUCUUGACGGAAAUGCACAUCACAAAUCCAACAGCUUCCAUGAUUGCAAAAGCGGCAACGGCUCAAGACGACAUGACGGGUGAUGGCACAACAUCUGUAUGUCUCAUGGUCGGCGAACUUCUUCACCAGGCUGAGCGAUAUAUUCAAGAAGGUCUGCAUCCCUCCUUGAUUUGUGAAGGCUUUGAUCUCGCCAAGAAAGAAGCCUCCGAGUUUCUCGACAGCUUCAAGAUCAGCAAAGAGGUGGACCGCGAGCUCUUGAUGUCUGUGGCACGCACAUCACUCACAACAAAGAUCCCUGCAGGCAUUGUAGAGACGCUUGCACCAGCCAUUGUGGAUGCCGUCCUUGCCAUUGCUCGCGAGGACACGCCCAUUGACUUGCACAUGGUCGAGAUUAUGAAGAUGCAGCAUAGAUCAGCCUCAGAGACGCAGCUCAUCCGCGGGCUGCUUCUCGACCACGGUGCACGGCACCCUGACAUGCCCAAGCGUAUGGAAAAUGCAUUCAUCCUGACAAUCAAUGUCUCGCUUGAGUAUGAAAAGUCGGAAAUCAACUCUGGCUUCUUCUACAGCAGUGCAGAGCAGCGCGAGAAACUCGUUGAAUCGGAACGCAGAUUCGUUGAUGCCAAAUUGAAAAAGAUUGUUGAGCUCAAGGAGGCUGUUUGCGGUGGCGAUCCUUCCAAGGGCUUCGUCAUUGUAAACCAAAAAGGUAUUGAUCCAUUGUCCUUGGACGUCCUUGCCAAGCACAACAUCAUCGCUCUGCGCAGAGCCAAGCGUCGUAACAUGGAGAGGCUACAGCUCAUCUGCGGCGGCGUAGCGCAAAACAGUGUGGACGACUUGAAGCCCGAAAUUCUUGGUUGGGCUGGUCUUGUCUACGAGCACACGCUUGGGGAAGAUAAGUUCACAUUCAUUGAGGAAGUCAAGGACCCAAAGUCGGUGACUUUGCUCAUCAAGGGUCCGAAUGCACACACGAUUACCCAGAUUCAAGAUGCCGUCCGCGAUGGUCUCCGUGCCGUCAAGAAUGUUAUUGAGGACAAGUGUGUCGUACCUGGUGCAGGUGCCUUCCAAAUUGCGUGUUCUGCGCAUUUGAACAAUGUCUUCAGUAAGACAGUCAAGGGCAAGGCCAAGAUGGGUGUUCAAGCAUUCGCUGAGGCGCUGCUGGUCAUUCCGAAAACCCUCGCAGCAAAUGCUGGCUUCGAUGUACAAGACACCAUCGUCGCGCUCCUCGACGAGCAUGCUGAGAGCCAAGCAGCAGUUGGGCUUGACCUUCGCACAGGAGAACCCUUUUCGCCAGAGGCAGAAGGUAUCUGGGAUUGCUACCGCGUCUUGCGCAGUCUGAAUGCAUCGGCCUCUGUCAUCAGCUCAAACAUACUUUCUGUCGAUGAAAUUGUUCGCGCUGGCCGUGUGAGCCUGAAAUGAGCGGUAUCUUGUUAGUAGUCCAUAUCCGAAUCUAUGUAGCAUGCUUAAGACACAGCUUGUCGUGUUGCGGCCCAUCUCGAG